AUGACACCCGGGCCCACAAGCGGGUCAGAGGAACGCGCUCCUCCGAGCGCUCAGCUUCGUGUGGCACGAAGCAAAGCGGCAAAGCGCCUCCCAGCGUUACACCGCGCUCGGACAGCCGCCGAGUGCCAACGGGCGGCCGGCCGGGGCACCGCACCGAGCAGAGAUCCCGGCUUUCGAUCUCGAGGACACAACCGCCCUCCUCCCGAGCGCGGCACCAGACACCGCGGAACACGCCCGGACACGAUCCAGGUGCAUCCCUACGGAGACGAGGCCUCCCGCGCACCCCGCGCAGUCCCCGAGCCCUUUCCCCACAACACAACGUCACGACGCCCUCCGCACCCACCCAACCGGCCGCUCCCCCGGCCCGUCGGGGCCGUAGCAACCCUAUCAGGCUGCACGGGCUCCCCGAGGCCUCUUCAGCCCCCGGGCCGCCUCAGGGCCGCGGGCCGAGGCCUAGCGGGGCGCGGCCUCAGGGGAGAACCGCAGGGCCCGGCCAGCUCCCCGCCCGCCCCUCACUCACUCACUCACUCACACGCUGGGCCGCGGGGGGGCCGGGCCAGGUCCUGCGAGGCCCCCGCGGCCCCCGCCGCCCCGGAGCCGCGAGUGGGCGCGCAACACGCACAGAGCGCAGCGCAGCGCCCGCCGCACAAAGCCAUUACAUCAUCGCCCCGCGCCGCCCCGCGACCUUUCCCCCCUCACCUCCGCCCGCCGCCCUCCCGCGCCGCCGCUCUGGGAGCCGCCAAUCGCCGCCGGCUCCGCCCCGCCCGCUCCUCGCCCCGCCCUCCCCUGACGGAGCGACGCGCGGUGAUGACGUAA